AUGUCGCUUGCAGUUACAAGUUUUACAGGUCCAUGCUUAUAUUCAUCUCACACUCAAGUCACUUGCCUGUUCUGGUGUAACCGACUGGUCGGAUCUUCUUACGUGCUGAAUCAUUCGGACAGCUCUCAUUUCCCCUGA